GGAAGAGGAAGAACGUAAUCUACGGGGCGAAGUGGGAGGUGGUGUCCAUCUUAUUUACACCCGUGAGAUUGCUACAUUUUUUGAUCUGCCAAUUUUUUUCGAGAUUGUCAAAGCUGAAAGCCGGGUCUCCAGAGAUGAGCAGUUCAGAAGAAGUUUCAUGGAUCUCCUGGUUUUGUGGGCUGAGGGGGAAUGAGUUUUUCUGUGAGGUGGAUGAAGACUAUAUCCAGGACAAAUUCAACCUAACUGGGCUCAAUGAGCAGGUUCCCCACUACCGCCAGGCCCUAGACAUGAUCCUGGACCUUGAACCAGAUGAGGAACUGGAGGACAAUCCCAACCAGAGUGACUUGAUUGAGCAGGCUGCUGAGAUGCUGUACGGCCUCAUCCACGCACGCUACAUCCUCACUAACCGAGGCAUUGCACAGAUGCUGGAGAAGUAUCAGCAGGGAGAUUUUGGCUACUGUCCCCGGGUCUAUUGUGAGAAUCAGCCUAUGCUUCCUAUCGGCCUGUCAGACAUCCCGGGAGAGGCCAUGGUGAAGCUGUACUGCCCAAAAUGUAUGGAUGUCUACACACCCAAGUCCUCCAGGCACCACCACACAGAUGGAGCUUAUUUUGGCACUGGGUUCCCCCACAUGCUGUUCAUGGUUCACCCUGAGUACAGGCCCAAGAGGCCCGCCAAUCAGUUUGUCCCAAGGCUUUAUGGAUUCAAGAUCCACCCCAUGGCCUACCAGCUGCAGCUGCAAGCCGCAUCAAGCUUCAAGAGCCCCGUCAAGGCUAUCCGCUAGAGCGUCCAGGACUGAGGAGGAGGAAGAUUUCUAGAAAGAGAGAAGCCAGAGAGGAGAGAGUUAUUAUAGGAUGGAGAGGGGUCACCUGCAUUUUACAAAGCUCUUCGUGUGCCCCCUCCCUACCCUGAAGACUGUAUUAUUUUGGUUUAGAUUAGGGCAGAUGAAAAAAAUCUUUUCUUUUUCUUUUUUUUUUUUUUUUGAGUGUGAGCGAGAUAUAAAAAUGCGCAGCCAUGAUCUUAAAGAUAAACACACACACACACACAAACACACACUUGGUUUUCCAGACGUUCCUUACCAAACUCAUCUGUGCCAAAAAUGGAAGGCAAGCUAAGAGGAAGCUGAACAUUGCGGGGGCUCCCUGCCGCCGCUGCUGUUCACUCGUAUUGUGAAUACAGGGAGGAGGGAGUUACGUCACUGGUGGGCGAUGCCACAGUGUGAUCAGUGUCCAAAGCUGAAAGUGCAGUGUCUGUGUGUUCUGUAUUUGGCACAGUUUGGUAAAGAGUGGUGGUAAAACCUUCCGUUAUUGGACACCCCCUUCCCUUUGUAAUGCAUGUACACUCAGGCUGGCACUCACAAAGACAGCUUGGACACCCGCGGUGGGUGUUUUUUUUUUUUUUUUUUUUUUAUUCCCCCUGUAUGAUUUGCAAAAUUUGGGUCGUUGUCGUUAAAUUUGCCUUAAAGUACAGAGAAACACCUGAGUUGUUUGUCUUUUUCUUUCCCAGGUUAGAGAAGGUAAAAUGGAUCAAAUAGACGAUUUAAUGAAUUGUCAGAUAAUUGUAACAAGCCUGUCUUUUCUCCAGCUGUCUGUGCAUGUGUCAAACAACAAUCCGUGAGAGUAAAACCUGAACUACUUUUUCUCCCUCCCCCCCAUCACCCGUCGCGUCCUGCAGAAGCAGAUUUGUAUCGAUCUCUAUCCCUCCCUUUUGUGCAGCUUCACCUGUGCUACAGAAACAGUCGAACAUUCGGGAACGAGUGCUAAUUUGCUUUCUGGCAGCGAGUAGAUGAGGAGAUUGAUACCACUCAUGCUUGUAUGGUAAAUAUGACGCAAAUGCAGGCAGACCAUUAGCUUAGACUGUGAAUGAGAAAGCAGUUAUUCCGGCUCUGUUUUAAUGGUUACAGAUGAACACCAAAGCUGAAUCCGCUCAGAUGCUGAGAUGAUGUAAAUCGUCGUCAUAUGGGCGUUUUUGUGCCAGUUUCAACCCAUGUUAAGCCCAUGGCCUUGCAGGUUCUUGCCAUGAAGAACAAGACAAGCAGUUUGCACCUUUAUGAACUAAUCACUAAUCAGCACAGUUUGCUUCAGUUCAUGCAAAACCUGAAUAAUAACUAGCAAUUGUUCUGCAUGUUUGCAUCUAGCUGUUCUGUGUCCAUCCUGAAGUGUGACUUCUAUGGAUGCUUUUUACUUUUAAAAUAAGCUGUUAUUAAGGCUUUCAAAAGGGUGAAGCAAAGGGCAGAUACAACAAAUUUAAAAGCUGCAUAUUUUUGUUGAUUUUGCAGAUCAUGUUUCGUAUUAUGACUUGAUCCCUCUUCAGACUGCUCACCUGUGCUUGGAUGUUGCAUCCAGCAGUUCUUAAAUUGCGUGCAUUUCAUCAUCUUAAAGACUGAAUAAACCUUGAAUGCAUUUAUUAGAUCUACACAGGACUAAACCAGUCAGCGGUGCACUUAGAGACACACUUUAGAGAGAGUAUGGCAAUACUGCAAAAGGAUGUUUUAUAGCAUGCUUAUUUAUACAAGCUGGGUGUACAUUGAGGUGCUGGUAGGAUGUUUAAAAUGGCCAAAUGUUUACAUUGUUUAACAAACUAGAUACCCAUAGGUGGAUUUUUAAAAAAACCACCAAACAGAGCCAAGCUACUGGUUUCUAGUCUCUGAAGGACUUAACUAGUCUCCUGCUGCUUGUAGCUUUAGAUUUCUCAUAUGAAUAUGAGUGCUGGGGUAACAAUCUCCUCAUCUAACUCUGUCUUCCCAAACGGCUCCGAUAAAGUUCGAGGAGCCUCAGAAUUUGAGCUGACUCCACCACAGCGCCGUCAUUUUAUUUUAUUUUAUUUUUUUUUAAAUUAAAUGUUUGGGCUCACAGGCAGGCGGUGUCUCCCAAACGGUGGGGCAGACUCUCGGUGGCGAUCCCUUCACUCCCUCUCCUCUUAUGUUUGUAUGAUUGCGAUAGAUUUUUGCUUUUGGAUUUCAUGAUACAAGAGAAACGUAUUUAUGUGUCCAGAUUUUAACUAAUUGUUUGUCUGUGGUGUUGUAAUCUUUCUGCUACUGUGGAUGGGUGAGCAGGAUUCAGAAUUCUCAAUAAACUUCUAUUUUCUUUUCAUA